GUCAUUUGCGUUCUAACAUGAGACGAUGUCAGCCGUACCUGACGUUACAAUAGACCAUAACAGUUAAAGAGACGCGUGAGUCUGCGUUUAAAACUCGAAGGUUUUGCACGACAAAAUACUGGAUUUUAGUUUAAAAUUGGACGUUUUCCGCGCGCGUUCUUGUUACGUUUCGUUUAUUUUGAUUUGUUUGAUAAGAAGUUUGUUUUUGUGCUUCGACUUCGAAGAUCACCGGCGUUUGGAGGAAAUGGGGCGUCAUUAGUAUAAAAAGGGUUGUUUCCAAUCCCCGAGUACCCUGAGUUCGAAGGACAGCGCGGCAUGUGGUCUACCGCGCUGGACGUCAUAUUGACGACUCUACGCUACCUCGCACCGGCUACCUUGCUCACGCUUUUCUGGGGACAGCAAAGUUUCUUGUUCAAGUUACUAAAGUAUAUCGACUCUGCUUUCAGAGCAUUAAUAUUUUCCAACGAGGAGCAAAAACAAUCAGUUUUACAAUGGCUGGGAGAGGCUGGACCAGUGAGGGUCGAGAAUCUAGAAGUGGUCUGGCGGCACGGUUGGAUAGUUUGUGGAGUGCUGGACACAGCACUGCCCGGCGCAUGCGCUGGACAUCCUCCAACAAGACUUACAUUGAAACACGCACAGGCGAUAGCUGAUCACUAUCUCGGUGUUGAGCCGGCUUUUACGAGGAUAGAGUUAGAAGCAAACGAUUCAAUAAGUAGACAUCAGGAAUGGAAACUUAUGAAUUACUUGGAAAAUAUUCGACUAGCUCUAUCUAAAAUUACGCCACCAGCUUCCAAAGCAAUAAGCCAUACAACUCAACAAGCUUCUCCAAAAACAACUCACUUUACUAUGAACUACAUCGCCAGAGGAUCCGGACUCACAGCGGCUCAAGUGAACAACAAAGUAUAUUUUAAAAUCUACCCUACAGCUCAACAAUCAUUAGAUCCAGGAGAAAUAACUAUACUAAUAAAUGGUCCUAAUGAAACAUACGGAAUGUCAGUAAUACCACCAAUAUUAGGCAAAGCUCAAAUGAUUAGACAAAAUUUAUUGGGUCUACAAUCAAAGUCAAAAUAUACUGAUAACGUUCUUCCUAUUACACAAGGUACGGCAUACUUACGAAAUUAUGGUCAAAAUGAUAUGAACAAAACAUUUUAUAUUCCGAAAUCUAAAUACGAUAUAGAUAUUGAAACAGAGUUGAAACAGGACCAUGCUAGAAUUGGCUAUAUGGCUAAUUUAGAAGGCAAGUACGAAGUUUCAAUAACUAGCAAAGGACAAAAUGUCGUUGGUUCACCAUUUAUCGUCACCGCUUCGAAUAAUAUUGUUGGAAUUUUAGAACGAGAUAGUUUCUGUCUGGAAGAUGGUGAAGAAAUUGAUAUCGUUGAUGUAAAGUCUGACAGAAAAGUCGUUUUAAGAAUAGUAGAUUUUGUAACAGAAAAGAUGUUGCUUCGGGAAAAUGGUACAUUGGAAAAAAUAAGUGAAGAAGAAGCGAAAUAUUUAAUGGAAAAUGAUGACAUUAAUAAUAGAAACAGCGAACCACUAACGAGGCCUGACGAUAAAUGGAUCAAUGAUAUGGAACAAAGUAAUUUAAAGACGAAAAAGUUUUAUAACAUAGCUAAUAAAGUUUUAACAGCAAAUCGAUUUUGUAAUAUUUUGAGCGAUAUUAAAAAUAAACAAAAAUCAGUGCUUAAGAAUGAUGUUAAUGAACAAAUUAUUCAAGUCCCUGACAUUGUUAAUUCAACAUUUAAUGAUGACCAAAAUAAAGUUUGCAGACAAGAAAAAUGGAACAGAGUCAUUAUCCCGGAGAAUAUUUCUGUCUCUAUCUUAACUGAAAAACCUAAUUCUCUUUCAAAAGAUACACCAAAUUUAAAUUUCCAUAAUGACAGCAUAGAUAAUAACAAUUUAUUUACAAGUGAUCCUUUUGAAGAUGAUAAUGUAGAUACAGUACAAUCCUCAAACAACCCAUUUAUAGAUGAUAUAUACAAUCAAAAUUAUGAAAUGGAAAAAAAAUUAGGUUCCUUUAUAACGAACGAAUACGAAUCGAACAAUUCUCAAAAUGAAGAGACAGCAAAUACAAAUAUAAAAAUAUUUAUUGGGAAUAAAAAUGAGUCAUUAAGUGAAGAAUCAAACCCAUUUAUUGAUAUCAUAAAUAUGGAACGACCGAAAACGCCCAUUUUUAGAAUUAUCAGUGGAGAAGCUGUGAACUGUGAAGAUUCGGCUAAUAUCAAUUCAGAAAGGAAGUUGUCUAAUGAAAUUGUAUUAAACAAUUUGGUUAAUCCAUUUAUUGAUCAGCUUAAUGCAUAUCAAGAAAAACCUGAUUUUAUAAUUGGAGCUCCAGUUUCUUUGCCACCCAUUAUCAAUUUAAAUUCAAGCGCUUCGUCAGUAAAUAACAAUAUUACGGAAAUUAGCAAAAAAAAUCAAAACAAGCACAAAGAAGAUUAUAAUUGUAAAACUCAUAUUACAGAUUCGACAACCAUUCCCGCUAUAUCAGUAGAAACAGACAAUUCAUCAAAUAAAUCGAAUUUUUACAAUAGUUUAGAUUCAAAUUUGACAGAAGAUGUAAAUAUUACUUCAAAUUUUAGCCCAACACUUUCUAAUGUAAGUACUCCAAUGGAAACAAGUAGAGAAACAUCACCCAAAAAAGAUACGUGGGAUUCAGCAUAUGUCAGUAUUGACGAAAACAAUUACACAGAUAAUAUUGAAUUUAGCGAGUCUUUGAAUAAAAAGUCUCCACUCCCUAGAGAUCAUUCGAAGUUAAAUUUAAAUGAAAGAGAGCAAUUGCAGAAUAUAAACCCUGACAAUGAAAAAACAAACAAGGGUGAAAUCAAAAAGUCGGAAUUUAUGCCCAUAAUCGAAGAAAACGAAAAAUGCUUAUCAUCAAACACGAAGGAUAACAUGAAGGAAACGACUGCAAAGGAUGAUGUGGACGAUCCAGUGACAGUAGCAUUUGCCGAAAUAAAUGAUUUAUACGAUGACUAUUUUAAAACUUCUGAAGUUAGUUCAGUAACGACAACGCAAGAAUGUCAAUUACAGAAUUUAGGAAUUGAAUAUACCUUAGAAAGAAACGAUAUACAUGUCGAUUCUGCGUCUGAAUUUAGAACAGAUGUGAAAAGACAAACGAAAAUAUUAGAAGGAAAGAUUUCUGAGGUUCAGGCAACUGUCACUGAAUCCUUAUCAGCAAGUCAAAACCUUCAUGUUAAGAAUAACCGACGUUAUAAAGAAGAAAAUAACAAUAAUAACAUCAGUCACAUCCAAUUUGGUGAUGAAGCAUACACUAACAUAGUAUUAGAAAAGAAAAAAUAUUGGGAUGAAAAGAUACGAGAAAUCGAAGAGAAGUCUGAAGAAGUUAAAUCUCUGCAAUGUAAAAGGCGAUUAUCUUCGAAGUAUUUACGACGUAAUGAUUCCUUAUCCAAAAGAAGAGGCAGAAAAAUCGUUCAAAACUUUUUAAACACAAAUCAAGAUGAUUCUUAUCAACUCAAAAAAUCUGUUGAUCAGCUUGAAGCUAUUACUUUACAAAGUGAUUUUAAUUCUAUUGGAGAUAAAAUUAAAUGCAUGAAUAAUAAUAUCGAAAUAUAUAAUAAAAAUGAAUCUACAUCUUGUUUUGGUAAAAAGUCUUCUAAUAAUAAAGAACGAUCGGUUUUCGAUGCCUUCAAACAAAUAAAAGUAAGUAGCGUCGAUUCCGUAAAUAUGAAUAAUGAUAAUGAUGAACAAAAAUCAAAUUUGCACUUAAAACAAGAAUUAUCAGAAAAAGUAUUUCAAGCAUUUGAAACAAGCCCUAAAAGGUUUUUCGGUACAUCUAGAAAACAUAUUUUAAAUAAAAUCGACACUUUUUUAGGAUAUCCGGAUAAUGAAAACGAAACGAAAAAAAUCACCAACGACAUAAACCACGAAACUGGUCUAGUCUCUAGUCGUAUUUCUUUAUUCCAUAAUAUAUCUAAAACAGAAGAAUUAGCUUGGUCACGUAGAAAAAGUAAAUCAAUGCAUAAUAUAACCCAUCAAGAAAAUGAAACAUAUACAAAUUUAGAAAAUAAAUCGACAACACGAGAUUCAAAAACGGUUGAAGACAAAGAAAAUAGAAAAAUCAGUAGUUCAUGUGAAGAAUCAAAUAUAAAUUAUUUUAAUCAAACAGACAAAAAUAUAAUUGCACUGAAAGAAAAGAGAGCAAGAAUGAUACAGAACAAACACAAUAAAACUUUCGAUGAAACCUUGUAUACACCUCCAAAACAAACUGAUACCUCAAAUGAUUACGUUAAAAAAACAAUAAAAGAUAUUAACGAACAAAACGAUUUGCUAGUUAAAUCACCGACAUCCAAACUUAUUUCUAUCAGCAAGUCCGAAAUGGACAUAUUCAACAAAUUCGCAACUGCAACGGAAGAUGUGUUAGAAAAGCAUAAAUCCUAUGAAGAAUUACCAAAAAUUUGUGUCAAAAAUUUCAUAUCUCUAUAUGAAGAUGUUUCUAAAAUAUCUGACACAAGUAGUCAUUUAAAGAGUAGAACAAAUGUAGGGUCUCUUAAUAACAUGCCAGUCCCGAGUUCAAUUCAUGGAACUGCGAUGAUUUCAACUACCCCUAACUCACCUACUCAAACAUAUUCAUCACCUUCAAGAGCUGCCCAUGACGAAGGAUUUAUGACACUCAAUAAACGCAAACAAAAAUUAUUCGACGAAAAAUGUUUAAAAAAUUUAAGUAACGAAAUUGACAAUACUCAUCCAUCAUCCGACACGGAGUUAAUUUCAAAUCAAGACAAGGAUGCAAGCUAUUUGAGUCUUUCUGAUAUUGAAAUAGAAAUAAUUGAAAAAGAACCCGAAAAAUGUAUUGAAUCCCCAUCUGAAAACGAACCUGCUCACCUAGAAUAUAAAAAUCGAUUUACAAUGGCUAGGAAAUAUUUUCAAUCUUUAGAAGAGCUACGAGAAGAAAAGAAGACAAAAAAAUUAAUUAAAAGCGAAUCUUUAAUAAGCUGUCAGUCCACAGAAUCUCUUGAUGAAAACAAGCAACCACGAAAAAGAAGUAAAAUUAAAAAAUCACGGUCUAUGCCGUCCUCGGAAAUUUCAAAAAUCUGGAAUCAAUUGCAAGAAAAAGAAGCGGAAAAUAAGAAAUUAGUGAAGAUAUCGGAGAAAUUCAAUGUCGACGAUUUAUUUGAAGACGUAAUGGAAGGCAGAUUAAGUCGCCAGGGCAGUUUAAGAGGUAUUCCAAAUAAGAAAGCUGUUCUCGAGACGUUUCGAUCCAUGGAGAAUGUCAAUGAUAAUAAACUAAAUUCCUAUGAAAUGGCAGUAUCGCAAUUGAAUGACUUUGCUGAAGAAAACAAAAUAAAAAACGCGCAAACUUAUUUAAGCGAAUACCCUUAUCUGCCUACAACUGAUCCGUCCAAAUAUCACUCAAGGCUAGAUACGAAUGCGUCUGGUCUGAUUACAUUUAAAGAAUUAAGGAAGAUACCAAGAAGAAAUAGUGUGCCUGAUUUAAGAUUAAAUCCAACGUUUACUGCUGAUUUAUAAAACAUUUAAUUUGUUUAAGAUCAACGAGUUCUAAGAACUAAGGAAUAUUUUAUGUCUAUGGAAUAGCAGUUGUUUACGUACCUUAUUAUUAUUAGUUAUAUGUUUUUUGAUAAAUCGAAUUUUAAGUUAGAAUAAUUGACAUUUUGAAAAGAUAUCAAUCUAACAUUGUUAUUUAGGAUGUUGUACAACGCCUUGUACAGAUUUUGGAUCUUAUUGUAAUUUGUAAGUAACUAUUUAUUAGACAAUAAAGUCUUUA